AUGAACACAAAGAAGAGAAACAACUUAUUUAGCUUAAAUUUAUAUGACUUACUUAAUGGAAUACCAACUUUUAAAAAUAUUUUAACGCCUCAUGAUUUGCGCGUUCACCCAGAUAAAGAAAAAACCCCGCAUGUCGGGAAGGUGCAGCGUUUGGUGAGAACUGCAGCAGCCAGAGGCCGGACAGGCGGCGUAGCGCGGUGACAUCACGCGUCUCCGGUGUUGACAACCAGGCGGCAGUCCCUCCACGGACCGGACCGGACCGGAACGGACCGGGCUGACAGCCAGCACCGCAGCCAUUAGAGCCGCUGCUCCGGGAGGAACCAUGCUGCUGCGUGAUCUUAAUCCCGACAGCUGCGCACGGCCACCACGCCUGCGCUGAUCAUCCAGCCAUCCAGCAACCUUUGUGUCAUUUUCCUGCCUCUGCUCGGCCGUAAACCGGCGGGAGGAUGAGCAGCAUCCGAGCUUUUCUGCAGCUGACAAGCCGCGGGAUGAAGCUGGACCGGGUCAAGGAGCUCGGCAGGCAGUACCCGGUUUUCUGUUUUCUCCUGCUGCUCUUACUGCUGACCACUCUGCUGCUAAACAGAUAUAUUCAUAUUAUCAUGGUGUUUUGGUCCUUCCUGGCGGGUGUGGUUACUUUUUACUGCUCACUGGGUCCCGAGUCUCUGCUGCCAAACAUAUUCAUGUCCAUUAAACAAAAAACAAAGUCUUUCCAGCAGGAGCUGUUUCCUUUGGGCCACAGCUGCGCUGUGUGUGGAAAGAUUAAAUGCAAAAGACACAGACCGACUUUAUUGCUGGAAAACUAUCAGCCCUGGCUUGACCUGAAAAUACCCUCGAAGGUGGAUGCCUCUCUGUCUGAGAUUCUGGAGCUUGUUUUAGAGAAUGUGGUUUAUCCCUGGUACAGAGAAAUCACAGAUGACGACUCAUUUGUUGAUGAGCUGAGGGUGACGUUACGCUUCCUUGCUGCUGUCUUGGUGCGCCGAAUUCAAAAGGUGGAUGUGGCUUCACUCAUCACUAGAAAGCUUCUGAAAGUUUCCAUGAAACACAUUGAAAUCAUCAGCAAAGCCAGACAGAAAGUGAAGAACGCAGAGUAUCUUCAACAAGCAGCGCUGGAUGAGUUGGGCCCGGAUCUCCAUGUGGCGCUGCGAAGCCGCAGAGAUGAACUGCUCUACCUGAGGAAGCUGACUGAGAUACUUUUCCCCUACAUCCUGCCGCCCAAAGGCACAGACUGCAGAUCUCUGACUCUGCUGAUCAGAGAAGUUCUGGCCGGUUCUGUCUUCCUGCCUUCGAUGGACUAUCUGGCCGACCCGGACACAGUGAAUCAUUUAAUUUUAAUAUUUAUCGACAAUUCCCCUCCUGAAGAAGCUACAGAGCCAACUUCAGCACUGGUUCCCUUCUUACAGAAAUAUUCGGAUUCUCGUAACAAAAAGCCCUCGGUGCUCAAGCUGGAGCUGAAGGAAAUCAGAGAGCAGCAGGACCUCCUGUUUCGUUUUAUGAACUUCCUCAAACAGGAAGGAGCCGUUCACGUCCUCCAGUUCUGUCUCGCUGUAGAGGAAUUCAACGACAGGAUUUUGUGCCCGGAGCUGUCGGACUCGGAGAAGAUGAUGCUGCAUGAAGAGGUGAAGAAGAUCUACGAGACUUACUGCUUGGACGAGAGCAUUGACAAGAUCCGCUUCGACCCAUUCAUAGUGGAAGAAAUCAGAAACAUUGCCGAAGGCCCGUAUGCACAGGUGGUGAAACUGCAGACCAUGAGGUGUUUGUUCGAAGCCUAUGAGCACGUUCUGUCGCUCCUGGAAAAUGUUUUCACCCCGAUGUUCUGUCACAGCGACGAGUACUUUCGACAGCUUCUGAGGGGGGCGGAGUCUCCGGCCAGGAACUCAAAGAUGAGCAGAAAUAGCGUCAGUUUGGAUGACAUUCGCUCCUGGGACUGGAGCCCCGAGUCCCCGUCCUCACUCUUCACCGCCUCUGGCAGCUCCUCACCUGCAUCCUUUAGCUCCCUCCAUGCCCAGUCCACGUUCACAAACUUCCCAUACGGCUCGCAAACCCACCGCCACUCAUCGCCCAAGAACACGUCGAAGAGGGGCGAGUCGUUCGGGAUCAGCCGCAUCGGCAGCAAGAUCAAAGGAGUGUUCAAAAGCACGACCAUGGAGGGCGCCAUGCUGCCGUCCUACGGCCAGGUGGAGGGAGAGGACGACAUGGUCGAGGAAGCCAUGAUGGUUCUGGAGGACGACUCGCCGAUGGAGGCGGCCUCCACGCCCAGCACGCCUCGAAACCUCUCCGCCUGGAACAUCACCAUCCCGUACAUCGACUUCUACGACGACGACGUGAAGCGAGAGAGGAUUCCCGUCUUCUGCAUCGACGUGGAGCGCAACGACAGGAAAGCAGUGGGUCAUGAAACUGAGCACUGGUCGGUCUACAGGAGAUAUCUGGAGUUUUACGUCCUCGAAUCAAAGCUCACUGAAUUUCAUGGUUCAUUUCCAGAUGCCCAGUUGCCCUCCAAGAGAAUAAUUGGCCCCAAGAAUUACGAGUUUCUGACAUCCAAGCGGGAAGAGUUUGAGGAGUAUCUUCAGAAACUUCUGCAGCAUCCGGAGCUGAGCAACAGCCAGCUGCUGGCCGACUUCCUGUCUCCUCACAGCAUGGAGUCUCAGUUCCUGGACAAGAUGCUGCCGGAUGUGAACCUCGGGAAAAUCAUCAAGGCAGUGCCCAGCAAACUGAUAAAAGAGAAAGGGCAGCACCUGGAGCCGUUCAUCCAGUCCUUCUUCAACUCCUGUGAAUCUCCCAAACCCAAACCGAGCCGACCCGAACUCACCAUCCUCAGUCCGACGUCAGAAAACGAUAAAAAGCUCUUCAACGAUCUCUUCAAAAACAACGCCAACCGAUCCGAAGUGACGGAGAAGAGGCACAACCAGAACUACUUCAUGGAGAUGAUCACUGUCGAAGGAGUUUAUGAUUAUUUAAUGUAUGUCGGUCGCGUUGUGUUUCACAUCCCUGACUGGUUUCAUCACCUGCUGAUGGGCGGCAGGAUCCUGUUCAAGAACAGCCUGGAGGCCUACACAGAUCACUACCUGCAGCACAAACUGAACCUGGUGGUGCAGGAGCACCGGCUCGUCUCGCUCAUCACCCUGCUGAGAGACGCGGUUUUCUGCGAGAGCAGUCCGCCGCGCUCGGCGCAGGACAAGCAGAGCAGAGCCAAGCGGACAUUCGAGGAGAUGAUGAGCUACAUUCCAGAUUUUCUAGGAAAGUGUAUUGGGGAAGAGGCAAAGUACGAGGGCAUUUGUCUCCUCUUCGAUGGACUGCAGCAGCCGGUUCUCAACAAACAGCUGACCUAUGUGCUGCUGGACAUUGUCGUUCAAGAACUUUUUCCAGAACUGAACAAGCAGGUGCAGAAGGAGCCGUCUGCUGUGGCUCCAUGGAUGUAAAACGCUCAGAACCGAUCAACCAGAUGGACCCGGUUCGGUCCGACCCGCAUCCUGAGAGGUUCUGGGUUCUGGCGGGUCGCAGCAGGAAGUCCCAGUGGGGAUCCAAAAGGACGGUCCAGAGGCUUCGACAUUGGACAUGCUUCUGGGUUUCAGCCGCAUCAACGCAGCCAACAUGUUUUCUGAUUUGAAGUAGAAAAUCUGCAGAUUUGCACUUUUAAUUCUUACCGGUUGUCGACUUGUUUUUUUUUUUUCCUGAAAUGUGAAGCUAAAAAUAAAAUAUUU